CCGGUACUCGCUUAUUUGAUUGAUAAGAAAUUUAUUCGUUUUUGUGAGGUACUGUCGCGCGGUGGUCGUUUUAUUUGUUUUUAUUUUGUUCGAUCGAAGUCCGGUUAGUACCGGAGUUGGUCCGGCGUGGUUUUCGUUUGAGGUUGCAAAUACUCAACAUGUUUCCGGCAACAUGCCUAGCCCUGAUCGCCCUCGCCCUGAUCGCCCCCACCUCCCAACUAGAGGUCGUCAAUCAAUGGAAAUUCCUGGAUUUCGAUCUGCCAUUUCACUACAACUACGCCGAUAUCCGAUUGGAAAAUACCCUAUUCACAGGAUUGGAGGUCACCGACGACAGGAUAUUCCUGGCGAUGCCCAGAUUACGAGCUGGAGUUCCUGCAACGUUGGCGGUGAUUCCCAGGAAUACUCGCAGGGGAUCCAGUCCGGUUCUCAGGGCCUACCCGGAUUGGUCGUUUCACGAUGGUAUCACUGGAAAUUACAGUUGUAACGGUAUUAUAUCGGUGUACAGGAUGAGAGCGGAUUCCUGCAACAGGUUGUGGGUGCUCGACUCGGGCGUGACGACCUCCUUGGACGACUUCCGGCGGGUGUGCCAGCCCAAGCUGGUGGUGAUCGACCUCUUCACCGAUCGCGUGGUGCGCACCGUGUACUUGCCCGACGGGGUGCUGAGGCCCUCGUCGUUGCUGACCAAUCUGGUGGUGGACGAGAGCAUUCAAGGCAGGUGCGAUUCGGCGUUCGUUUACAUGUCUGAUACGGCUGCACCAGGUUUGGUGGUGUACGAUGGAAGAAGAGAUGAGGCUUGGAGGUUCGUGCAUCCUUCGAUGUUCCCGGAUCCGAAUUUCUCCGAUUACAACAUCAACGGGGAGGAUUUCACGUUGAUGGACGGGAUCGUUGGUAUCACUCAUUCGCCGAAAUUGGGGGUGGUUUACUACCAACCCCUUGCUACUGAUAGGAUAUUUAGUAUACCGACUUCGGUUUUGUCCAAAGGACCUCCGGGGGAAUUCGAAAGGCUUCCCGUGCAAUUCGUCGGUAAGAAAUCAUCGCAAGGUUUAGGCAUCACCGUGAACCUGGUAGACGAGACUAUAUACUUCAGUCCGUUGACGGAAACAUCCGUAGCAGCUUGGAAUCCAAUCACCAAUCAACAAAGGUUGUUGGCCUACGAUCCGGAGAAGCUCCAAUUCUGCGCCGAGCUGCGAUGGAAAAGCGACGGGUACCUGUGGUUGCUGAGCACCAGAUUCCAGAAGUUCUUCCUCAGGAACGUCUCGCCGCAGGAGACCAACCUGCGAAUCAUCCGGAUACCUCUCGCGACCAGAACCACCACAGGACUCACCAACAACCUAUUCUACUGAUCAACC